GAUCUGACAGCAGUUAGAAGAUACUAAAGCAUCCAAGGAGAUUAAAGCACCAACGAGGAGACUGAUCCCUAGAAGAAUUACUUUUCCUUACAGAACCAAAGAGAGGACAGCAGAAAACUUUUUCUUGAAGGAGUUCCGGAAAGUUCGGUACCUGAAGAUAAGCUCUAAGAUUUCUGGUGUGCGUACAGAUGAAGGCUGCACCUGGGUACUUUAUGCUUUCCUAGCACUUUCUUGCCCCCUUGCUGCCCUUGGCAAACUCUUAAUACAAGAGCCAUGGCAUUGCAACUUUCCUACUCUUUGCAAGCCACGGCGGUUAUAGCUGCAAUCAUCACUUUCCUCAUCCUAUUUACUAUUUUUGGGAAUGUAUUGGUUAUUAUAGCUGUGCUUACCAGUCGCUCCCUGAAGGCUCCUCAGAAUCUAUUCCUGGUGUCACUGGCAGCAGCAGACAUCCUGGUAGCCACUCUUAUAAUACCGUUCUCCUUGGCCAAUGAACUGAUGGGCUAUUGGUACUUUGGAAAGAUCUGGUGUGAGAUGUACUUGGCAUUAGAUGUUCUCUUCUGCACUUCCUCCAUCGUGCACCUAUGCGCCAUCAGCUUGGACAGGUACUGGUCGGUCAGCCAAGCCAUUGAGUAUAACUCAAAGAGAACUCCUAGAAGGAUAAAGUGCAUCAUCCUUAUAGUAUGGACCAUAGCUGCUUUGAUCUCGUUGCCUCCACUUAUUUACAAGGGUAAAAAGAAAGAUCUACAGAACGAAAGACCCCAGUGUAAACUGAACGAGGACCCUUGGUACAUCCUCUCCUCCAGCACCUGUUCUUUCUUUGCACCCUGCCUUAUUAUGAUUUUGGUGUAUAUUAGAAUAUACUUCAUAGCAAAACAAAGGAGCAGGAAAAGCACAGACCCUACCAAAUCCAAGGUGGCGGCAUCUAAGUUUUUAAGCCAUACAACCAGACCCUGGCUGGAGCGUUCAACUGUACAUGGUCAAGAUUUAAGUGUUACAAAAGAAAAGGCUGGUUCCAUGCAGCAGGAUUCUCUGCAAGCUCUCCCGGUGUCUUCUCCUACGCCAGAGAAAAAAGCGGUCCAACUACCGAAGCCGGUCAACAGACCGCAAGAUGAUGGCCUAAAGCAUACCAAUGGUCACGGCCUAACCAAGAUGGACACUGUCGCCACUAUCAAAGGUGUAGUGUUACUGGCUAACAAGAACAAAGACUCUGCACCAGACUUUGCAAAGAAGAAAAGCCACCUCAACAGGGAAAAGAGGUUUACCUUUGUCCUGGCUGUCGUUAUUGGUGUGUUUGUUUUGUGCUGGUUUCCUUUCUUCUUCACUUACAGCUUGGGAGCCAUCUGUCCUGUGCUGUGUUAUGUCCCAGAAAGUGUCUUUCAGUUUUUCUUCUGGAUAGGAUACUGCAACAGCUCCCUGAACCCUGUUAUAUACACCAUCUUCAACCAGGACUUCAGAAAAGCGUUCAGAAGAAUACUUUGUAGGCAAUGGACACACACAGCCUGGUGACCAGGAAGGAGCCUUUCAGAACUUCUAUUUAUUAGACUGGAUUGACUUGAUUUGAUGUAUGAAUAUGGAGGGGGGAGGCUUUAUAUAAAAAUCCAUUGAAAUCGGUUGUCACUAGAUUUUGUUAGGUUAGCAGUUUUGCUGAUCUUG